AUGUCGAAGUACGUGAUUCCGGUUUGUGCUACAAUUUCGUUGGCUGCAGUAUGCUGCGCAUUGGUUGCUAUGCAUUCAAUUGUCGUCGAUAUUGACAAUAUGAGAGAUGAAAUUGUCACUGGAGUUCAUGAAAUGAAGGUUUGUUGAAUUUUUUUAUUAUUUAUUAUUUUGAAAUUAAAAAUUUGGAUUUUCAGAUGAUGUCUGAUGACGCGUGGAACCGUAUGAUUCGUAUGCAAACCAAGAGUGUUGACGCUGAAACUCAAGUUGCAUUUGCCAGCAUUUUCUCCAGAACCAAACGCGCCGCUGGAAAUUAUCCAGGACAUUGCAACUGUGACGCCAAUUCUCUCGGCUGUCCACCUGGACCACCAGGACCACCAGGAACUCCAGGAGGUCGUGGUGAACAAGGGCCAAGCGGAGACAAGGGACGAGACGGAGCUUCUGGUUUGGCACUUGCCGCAACUCAUCACAUCCCAGGAGGUUGUAUCGAAUGUCCACGUGGUGCUCCAGGAGAGCCAGGUCCAGACGGACCGGUUGGACAACCAGGAUUCUCCGGAGCUACCGGAGCCACUGGACCAUGUGGAGAGGAUGGUGCACCAGGAGAGCCGGGAAUUCAAGGAGAGCAAGGAGGUCCAGGAGAGCCAGGAAAUGAGGGAUCAACUGGGCCGACUGGACAAGAUGGAACUAUUGGAGGACCGGGAUUGGCUGGACAACCAGGAACACCUGGAUGGCCAGGACCACAAGGAGAACCUGGAAAGAACGGGGAUGCUGGAACUGACGGUGAACAAGGGCCGGAUGGACCACAAGGACCACCUGGACAACCGGGAAGAGAUGCUGAUGAUGGAAGAGAUGGUUUGCCAGGAAAAGAUGGAUCUGUUGGGCCUGACGCUAAUUAUUGUCCAUGUCCAGCUAGAGCUAAAAAGCACUAG